GGGCGAUGUCUCCAGGCUGGGCGGUCAGCUGAGUCGCCGGGAGUAACAGGGCGGCGGCGGGAGCAGCAGCAGCAGCCGCCCCAGGAGAUCCGGCCGGGCGGCCCGGGGUCUUGUCUCCCUUCGGGAACCGGAGAAGAACUGGGCCCCAAGAGCUGCGGGGGAGGCGGCGGCAGCUCCUGCAAGACUACUACCACCACCACCUCCUCCACUACACUCUCCCACCGCCUCCUGCAAAACCAGGUGCCGGCGGAGGCGGGUCCGGCUGCGGGUCGUCGGCGGGGCCCCCGAAGUUUUCUUUGCAGAGCACUCCUCCGUGCAGAGCAGUCCUCCUCCGUGCAGAGCCGUCCUCCUCCGUGCAGAGCCGCCCUCCUCCGUGCAGAGCCGCCUUCCUCGGUGCAAAGCAGUCCUCCUCCGUGCAGAGCCACCCUCCUCGGUGCACAGGCGUCCUCCUCCGUGCAGAGCGUGCAGCGCCGUCCUCGCUGCCUCCUCCUCCGUGCAGCACCUCGUCCUGGGGUUUUGCCCGGCCAGGCGCGGUUCGAGGGGCCGCCAGGGCCCGGAGCCCCUGCCCCCGGGAGGAAGGGGGGCAGAAGCCAGCGGACCCCGGAGCCCACCGCCUGCAGGUACCGUGGUACAAUCGAUGUAACUUGAAGAGGACCAGAAGGAGCAAAUGGCUUUAGCUGGCUGCCCCGACUCGUUUCUACACCAUCCAUACUACCAGGAAAAAGUAGACCAGACCUCGUCUCACAGUCAGAGAGAACUGGUGGAGCCUGGAUUCCAGGAAGGAACUAACCGAAUCUCCUUAAAUCACCAAGAUGACGACGUGGACCUAGAAGCUUUGGUCAAUGACAUGAAUUCCUCGUUGGAAAGCCUGUACUCUGCCUGCAGCCGGCAGUCAGAGACAGCACCGCUCCUUCAGAACGGUCAGCACGGUCGGGGUCAACUGGUCACCGCAGGAUUCACCUCCCUGCAGCAGGUAUCUCCGAGGCAGAAGGUGCAGCGAUCUCAGCCCAUGCACAUCCUAGCCGUCAGGCGCCUUCAGGAAGAAGAUCAGCAGUUUAGGACAUCAUCCCUACCGGCUAUACCAAAUCCAUUUCCAGAACUCUGCAGCCCUGCCAAUUCUCCUGUUUUAACCCCAGGCUCCUUACCUCAGAAUCAACCUGCUAGCAAGCGCGAUGUUAAAGUCUUUAGUGAAGAUGGGACAAGCAAAGUGGUGGAGAUUCUAGCAGACAUGACAGCCAGGGACCUCUGCCAGCUGCUCGUUUACAAAAGUCAUUGUGUGGAUGACAACAGCUGGACCCUAGUGGAGCAUCACCUUCACCUAGGAUUAGAAAGGUGCUUGGAGGAUCAUGAACUGGUUGUUCAAGUGGAAAACUCGAUGGGAAGUGAAAGUAAAUUUUUAUUCCGGAAGAAUUAUGCAAAGUAUGAGUUCUUUAAAAAUCCUAUGAAUUUUUUUCCAGAACAGAUGGUCGCAUGGUGUCAGCAAUCAAAUGGUAGUAUUCCCCAAACUCAGCUCCUGCAGAAUUUUUUAAACUCUAAUAGUUGUCCUGAAAUUCAAGGGUUUUUGCAUGUGAAAGAACUCGGAAGGAAAUCGUGGAAGAAAUUGUACGUGUGUUUGCGAAGAUCAGGACUUUACUGUUCCACAAAAGGAACUUCAAAGGAGCCAAGACAUCUGCAGAUGUUGGCUGACCUAGAAGACAGUAAUAUCUUCUCACUGAUAGCGGGCAAGAAGCAGUAUAAUGCUCCUACAGACUUCGGGUUUUGUAUAAAGCCAAACCGCAUAAGAAAUGAAAUGAAAGAACUGAGAUUGUUAUGUGCUGAGGAUGAACAGAGUAGGACAUGCUGGAUGACGGCAUUUAGGCUCCUCAAGUUUGGGUUGCUCCUGUACCAGAACUAUCGCAUUCCCCAGCAGAGGAAAGCCUUGGUCUCCCACUUCUCAGCUCCUGUGCGCAGCGUGUCAGAAAACUCCCUCGUAGCAAUGGAUUUUUCCGGACAAAUAGGAAGAGUGAUUGAGAACCCCGCGGAAGCCCAAAGUGCGGCUUUGGAAGAGGGCCAUGCUUGGAGGAAAAGAAGCACAAGGAUGAAUAUCUUAGGCAGCCAGAGCCCUCUCCAUCCAUCUACACUAAGUACAGUGAUCCAUAAGACACAACAUUGGUUCCACGGCAGGAUCUCUAGAGAAGAAUCUCACAGGAUUAUUAAACAGCAGGGGCUUGUGGACGGGUUAUUCCUCCUCCGUGACAGUCAGAGCAAUCCAAAGGCAUUUGUGCUCACAUUGUGUCAUCACCAGAAAAUCAAACAUUUCCAGAUCUUACCUUGUGAGGACGAUGGACAGAUGUUCUUCAGCCUCGAUGAUGGGAAUACCAAAUUCACCGACCUAAUUCAGCUUGUCGAAUUCUACCAGCUAAACAAAGGAGUUUUGCCCUGCAAACUCAAACACCACUGUAUCCGUGUGGCCUUAUGACCUUUGAUUUGCCUGUGGGCCGAAGACUGGAUUUGCUAGAAGAGUAGCUGAAGGAAAGUUAACACUGGAAUGACUAGCAGAUCUGUAAACUGGUUUAAAUAUAUUCUGCACCUUGAGACUCUGAAAGGGAUGGAUUCGACCGGUGCCAAUAGACCGAGAUCAACUGGUUUGUCUGACAUUAAAGGAUGGUUUGCUGCUGAGCGACACAGCAUAUCCCACCCCGAAGAUGAGGGAGGGUGUGAAAAACCAGGCGCAAAUUGAAAGCUAAACUGGAUGGGUCGUCUUGGCUGGGCCACUUAACAGGAACAAGUUCUGAAGAGGAAGGAUUUGAAAUGGACACUUGCCCUGGAAUAAUCUUGAUAAUUAAUACUGGUGUGUUUACUUUUUUUGUAUUGAUCACUUUUUUUUUGCACUCCUACUUUGUUUUGGAUUUUGUAUGCAGCCUAUUUUAGGAGCUGAUUGUGGAGUUAGUUGGGUAUUCAUUUGAAACUUUCAAAUCAAGGACAUGUGUCACCCUGCCAGAAUUAAAAAAAAACCCAAC